CUCAUCGUCGCUGUUACGUAACUUUCUGUGCAAACGAUGAAGAAGGCAGAGCUAGUAUUCGUCCCAACGCUUGGAAUGGGCCAUUUGGUAUCUAUUGUGGAAUUGGCUAAGCUUUUGGUGGAUCUCAAUUCCAAUCUCUCCAUCACCGUCCUCAUCAUCAAGCUGCCUUACGACCCAAAUUUAACAGCUUACAUUGACUCUUUCAUUGCUGAUAAUGAUACCAUCUAUACUCGCAUCAAAUUUAUCAACCUCCCUCAAGAUGAAACCCAAAAAGGUGUUCCUCCUUACAAGUUCAUGACCACUAUAAUACAAAGCCAGAGGCCCCACAUAAAAGAGGCCGUCGCCAAAAUAGUUCAGUACUCCAGCUCAGUGCCCCACUCACCUCGACUCGCCGGGUUCGUUAUCGACAUGUUUUUUACUACUUUGGUAGAUUUGGCUAAUGAAUUUGGUGUUGCUAGUUAUGUUUUUUACACCUCGAGUGCAGCUUUUCUUGGCAUCCAAUUUUAUAUGCAAGCUCCUUAUGAUGAGCAAAACGUUGACAUCACCAAGUUAAAAGGCUCGGACGCUGAGUUCACCGUACCCUCUUAUGUCAACCCAGUUUCUGCUAAAUUCUUUCCCACUGUAGUGUUUAGGCUCGAAACUUCAACUAUGGUCCACGAUAUGUCCAAGGAGCUUAGAAAAGUCAAGGGUAUCAUGGCAAAUACAUUUUCAGAGCUUGAAUCCCAUGCAGUCGAGUUCCUUUCUGAUGGUAAAUACCCGGUUGUUUACCCUGUGGGACCAAUAUUGAAUCUCAAGACUGCAAGUGGGCUCCAUCAGAAUUCUGAUGUCAUGAAAUGGCUUGAUGAACAACCCCUUUCAUCUGUCGUGUUUCUCUGCUUUGGGAGCAGGGGGAGCUUUGGUGGGGAUCAGGUGAAAGAGAUUGCCCGUGCACUGGAGCAGAGUGGACACCAAUUUUUGUGGUCCCUACGCCAACCCCCAAUCGAAGAAAUGAUGUUAAGCCCAACUGAUUACGAGAACGUGGCAGAGGUAUUACCCGAAGGGUUCUUAGAACGGACGGCCACGAUUGGUAAGAUCAUUGGAUGGGCCCCGCAAGUGGCCAUCUUAGGCCACCCAGCAAUUGGAGGGUUCAUGUCUCACUGCGGAUGGAAUUCCACGUUGGAGAAUAUAUGGUUCGGAGUACCAAUGGCCACGUGGCCUCUUUACGCAGAGCAACAAUUGAAUGCGUUUCAAAUGGUGAAGGAGCUGGGAUUAGGGGUGGAGAUUAAAAUGGAUUACAGGAAAGAUGUUUUGUUCCUCGAUGAGGUAGUGGAAAUUGUGAGUGCUGAGAAUAUAGAGAGAGGAAUCAGGUGUCUGAUGGAUCAGGAUAGCGAUGUUAGGAAGAUAGCAAAGGAAAUGAGUGAACAGAGUAGGAAGUCUUUGAUGGAUGGUGGAUCUUCACACUCCAUGUUAUGUCGUUUCACCAACGAUGUAAUUGACAAUAUGCCAUAAAGUAUUGAAAUGUAAAAAUUAAUAUUGUUAUGAA